UGGCCCAAGAUGAAUACAGCUUUUCCAUCAUGGCAAGUGAGGCCACGACCUUCAUCAAGAAGGUGUCCAGUGCCGGAGAUGACUAUUACCACAUCUUAGGCAUCGAAAAAGGAGCAAGCGAUGAUGAGAUUAAGAAGGCGUACAGAAAACUGGCCUUGCGACUGCAUCCCGAUAAGUGCAAAGAACCCGGAGCAGAAGAGGCUUUCAAGAAAGUAGGGGAGGCUUUCUCCGUACUCAGCGAUGCAGACAAGAGGCGGAAGUACGACACGUACGGAGCCGAUGCAUUGCGAGGUGGUGGAGGUGGCGGGGCGGACUUUUCGCCCGAAGACCUCUUUGAGGCCUUCUUUGGCGGCGGAUUGCAUCCGGGCAUGGGUGGUGGCCGGACCUUUAUGAGGACUGGUCCCGGGACUUUUGUGUUCACCUCCUCAGGUCCUGGCGGCUUCAAUUUUUCGACGGGGCCAGGCAUGCGAAGGAGGGGUGCUCCUCCACAAGCACGGCAACGGCAGGAGGACGCAGAUGAGGAGGAAAGCAUGCCGCCCUGGAUGGCGCCACUGCAGGCGAUAGCCUCCUCUCUGGGGCCCAUGCUUCCAAUUGUGAUUGUUUGUGGCUUCUUCGUUUUCAUGUCCGUAGUAUCCGUGCUAAUGCAAAUUCUAGUGACAAAGAUGGUCUACAUCCUCCCGGUCGUGUACCUCACAGAGGGGAAGACGAAGAUAUUCUUGAUCCUCAGCAUCGUGCUCGCCACAAUGUUGGGGAUGAUUUGAGUGCCUUCGUGCUGUUUCCCCGGUCAAGCCUUCUGGCGGCUUCGUCACCAGACUUCAGCUGGAUCGGUGGAUUGUCACCCCAGUCGCUUUGCUGGGAUCACAUCGCACUGGAAGAUGCCAGAAGAUACUUACUAGUCUA